AUGAAAAUAUCAAAAAGUUGGCACGUGCCUCCUUUCAGCUUAGGAUUGGGAUCAACGAUGAAAAACAUUUCCUUGAAAUUAUCAUCGAAAGAAAAUUACUUUUGUAACGCGAUAUUGCGUAAUAUUCAUAAAGAAAAUCUUAUUAAAAGCACAAUUGUUAAGGAAGGUAGAAGUAAAAGUCAAGUCAAACAUCUUCCAAAUAUGCAUUUAAUCUCCUAUAGGAUUUCAUCAGAUUAA